GGUUGCACCCAAACUCCAUCGUCAUCCAAAAGAAGCCAACAAAGCCAGCUCACUUCAACUUGAACACAACCAACAGUUCCUAAGAUGACCCUCCUACGAUCACUCGGAUCUCAAGCGCGACAUUCGACUCAAAGAUUAUGCCAACCUAACGUCUCGUCCCUACGCACUAUCACUCCGAUUGGAAAAAGCUAUUCGACUGAGGGAGAAACGACGAUCCAAAAAAGCGAGCGAGUUCCCCCAGCCAAAGCUGUCACAUGGAGUGCCAACCAGAGACCUAAAUCACAGGCAAUGACUGGGCCGAGGUUCGAACAGACCAAUCUAGACGCCCAACCUAACCCAUUGCCGGCGAUCGAAUUGAUCAAGAAGGAGCCGAUCCGCAUGGUCUCUAGUCGAGUUGCGGCCUGUGAUGGAGGCGGUGGCGCAUUGGGACAUCCUAAAAUUUUUAUCAAUCUCGAUAAGCCUGGUCCUCAACCAUGCGGAUACUGUGGACUUCGGUUCGAACGUUCGCAUGACGACCAUCAUUGAGAGUGAUGCAUCUCUUGUCUCUCGCCCUGUAUUACACCCGUCAUCUUGCCCCCACAUCUUUUUUUUUUCUUUAGAUAGAAAUCAGACUAUCACUGUGAUUCUGUCUUCUUGAGAGAAGUGAUGGGGAAAGCAGUUGGGGAUGAAAGGACGCUUGAGCAAGGAUCUAACAUGAAGCUGCAGUCGGUUAAGCCGUCCGCUUUGUUAUGAAGAGGUGGCGCGUGACGUUACCGACUGGUCCUGGAGAUAUUUAUUACCCUCGCCGACUCUCGAACUCGGAUACCCAUUCUGUUUCCAAUUACUCCCAUCGGCACGAUAUCUCGGUUUUCAAGGCUUAUGAGCAGGCUGAUACAAAGAUGAUGAUCAAACAAGUCAGAUUUCAGGAAUCAUCAGUGAUCCAAGAUUGUAAUAAUCUGUGGAAAAACCAAUAAAAGCCUUUGAGCUUCUGCAUGCUCACUAGAUGACAUUACAUCUCCCUGCAAAGGACAUAGGAGCCAUUGUACUGUAGUUGAGUGGUAGAAC